AAUGAUCGUCAUACCCGGAAGAAUGACAUAUUUGUUUGCUGCUAACAUUUCAGAGGACACAAGCGUUGGCUGGACCAAAAUGGCUUCCUACUUCGAGGAGCACGACUGCGAGCCGACCAACCCCGAGGAGCAGUAUCGGCAGAACGCGCUCCUGGAACUGGCCAGGUCCUUAAUGCAGGGCUUGGACUUAAUGGACUCGGGGGCGUUUGAUUUGUCGGACUGGGACCAGCGGCUUCCUCCUCCGGCUGCCAAGACCGCCGUCCAGACGCUCACCGUGGUCAUCAUCUCUCCAGAGCAAGCAGACAAAGGUCUCAAGUGUCCCGUGUGUUUGCUGGAGUUCGAGGAACAAGAGUCGGUUCGAGAAAUGCCUUGCAAACACCUUUUCCACUCAGGAUGCAUACUGCCCUGGCUGGGCAAGACCAACUCCUGUCCGCUCUGCCGACUCGAGUUACCCACCGACAAUCCGGAGUACGAGGAGUUUAAAAAAGACAAGGAGAGAAGAAAACAGCGGGAGCACAGGCUGGAGGAUCUACACGGAGCCAUGUACACAUGACACGACAGCGCUGCGGUACGAGUUCGUGGCUCGGUGACAUUUUUACUGAAAACAAUGGAAAGCCUCAGGAAGUGAAUAAUGCUGCGUUCACGCCAUCUCACACAGAAUGUUCAACCACGGGACAUCACGCCGAUGUCAGCCUCAUGUUUGUAGUUAGAAAUAUCAGAAACAUAUCCAGAGUAUGAAUAAAUCUAUAAAGCCACCCUCACUGGCUCCUUCAAAAUAAAAUGAUAUAUAUAUUACAAAUAUAUAAGAAUAAAAACGGCUCAUUUAGGCUUCUUUUUAUCUUAUUUAACCACGAGACUGUUUUAGAAUAAAGCGUUCUUCUCCUGUUAGAGCUGUUGGUAACACUUUAUAUUACGUUACAUAUUCACCAUUAACUCCUUACUUAUUAGUAUUAGUAGCAUAUUGACUCUUAUUAGUCAUUAAGAAGCUUUUAUUAAUGCUGUAUUCUGCAUUAAGACUUUUCCCUCAGUAACCUCUGUCCUCUUCUGGUGGAGUCCGCCCUGUUGAACCAUCAUGUUUCACACUCACACAGCCCGUUCCCAUUCCCAGGUUAAAUACAGGUGCGAGCAGUGUUCAGUUACAAUCUGAAACCACUAGAUUAUUACGUCUGUUCUUAACGAAACACAAGUGAGGCUGCGUUCACACUGCAGACUCAGUGUUCACAUCUGGUUUUAUUUGACGGGUCACAGUCCUGAAGUGUCGAUCUACAGUAACAUAAAAGUAAAAAGAGUUCACACUGAAGUCACGUUGCAAAGAAUCAGACCUGAAUGUGAUGUGGACCACGUUUGAAGGCGGACCAGAGUUCUGAGUCACAUCUGAACCAAAGUCUGCAGAGUGAACCCGCGACCUAAAUGACUCAGAAUACGUUCCUUAUUCUAAAGUGAGAUCCUGCUCAUAACUUAAAGACCUUUUAAAGUUUAAAUGUUUCAAAUGAUAAAAGCUUUUAAUGCGUGUUGGCCCACACUGAGGACAGUAUGUUAGUUAUGAGCUGAGGAGGUUGUUGAGGGAAAACUCUAAUAAUGACUAAUAAUAAUAUCCUACUAAUUCUAAUGAUAUUAUAUUAAUUAACAGCAGGGUUCCGAUUAGAUGCAGGUCUCUUAUAAGCAGCUAGUUAACGGUGAAUAUGUGUGCCGUCAUAUAAAGUGUGAGCGCGUUGCUUCCAUUCGUCUGACGUGGUGUGAACGCAGCAUCCGCUACGGGCUCAUUGGAAAUAGAAAAUGUUUGGAUGAACGCUGUUUUCUCGCCGUCGUUGGGACGCAGCACUGAAGCAUUUCAAUUCAGUGUCUUUCUUUCUUUUUUAUUUACAUUUAUUAGCUUUAAACGCACAAAAAAAAACACAUCUUCUAGCCAUAUUUGUCUAAUUAAUAUGAAUUAUAUAAAGACUUUAAUAAUGUUUAAAUCUGAGAGAAUCUUAGGGUGCACUCCAGCAGCGUACUUCUAGAAAGUUUGGGUGCUCGUUAAAGACCACACGCUGGAUCCUCCACUUCCCAUGAUGCAUUUCCUUUCCUGGGAAACUCCCAGUGUAACAGCAGCUUUCUGUUAUUGUGUAAUCUGCCCCCCCCCUAUAAAGCUCCUGUAGAGCCACAGAGGACUCCAUUCAACUGUUUGCACUCGUCAUGCUGGAGUUCCCCUUUAACGUCCCAUGAUGCCGUUUUGAUGUUUGAGAGAGUAUCUCUUCUCUUCUGGCUCCAGAAAUCUGAACUGGUUUACCAUCGACAUAUAAAAGAUGGACGUCUCCACUUCCUCCCACUGUAUAGAAAUGAAGAGUAUUUGCGGUUAAAGCUGCGUUAGUCUGCGCAGUGGUGCUCAGCCGUCAGUCGUGGUGUUGAAGCCCCGUUUUAUAGCUUCAAAUAAUUAAUUAAAACCAAAGUUAUCUGAAAAAUGAACACUUGAAUAAGAGCGAUUGAAAAUGAAUGUAUUUUUAUUGAUCUUUGGUUUAGUUUGUCCCAUCUGCUAACAUGGAGGCAUGACCUAUACUGCAGUCAGCCACCGGGGGGCGAUAGAGAUGGUGUGGAUUCACUUUAGGAGAGCUGUCACGUCGUCCAUCCUUAUAUAUGUUGAUGGUUUCUACAUUACACAAGUGACUGCUGUCUGUCUGUUAAUCUGUGUGAAACCAGUUCACUGUUGGUGCACGAGUUACUCUCCAGUAUAUAAACUACAAAUGCUCCGUUUGGACCCGCUCUGCCAAAAGUUCUAUUACUGCUCGCAAAUAAAUCCACCUUUUAUAUGAACAAACACUCCAUUAACCAUCAUUUCAUUAAUACUCCUCCACACUGUCUAUAUAACUGUAUGUUAUAUAUGAGUAUGAUGUCAGUUUGUUGUGUUGGACCAGAGCCCGACCGAUAUAUCAGCCGCAAUAUCACAAACAUAUACAGCAAUUUGUCCUAUAUAAGAUCCUAAAGUAAUAUAUAUAUAUGUGUCACUGCAUGGUUUAUCCAGCAGAGUGCGCUGUGAUGUACAAUACAGUGACCAACAGCUCAGAGUAGAGGCCUUAGUCGUCAUAGGGAUCAGCAUCGAUGUGAACUUAAAACAAUUUAUUAAACUUUAUUUGCGAUGCGAAAUCUCCGAAAACAUUUACCCUGAAAAUAAAUGACGUUGCAUGUGUGCGAAUAUAUUUAAUAUUUCAGAAUGCUGAUCGAAACAAACGCCCCCAGUGUCCUCCAGGAUGCCGCUGGCUUUUUUUUGGUAUAGUUCUGAUUCUGAUUUCACAGCAGCUUCUUUUUAAAUAAUUGCGAUGUUUUUAGGCUUUUUGUUAAUUGUUGUGAUUGCAACAUCGCAACUUCCUGGAGGGACUGGUAAAGGCCUUUGGUUGAUAAUGCAUUUGUUAAAUGAUUGAACAUGUUAAAGAAUAUUUAAUUUGCAGUCGUAUCUGUGCGACAGCUUAAAUAUUCAAUCUAUCGGCCGUCAUAUCAGUCGGGCUCUACAACUCACCAAAACUUCUGCUGUUUAGAAGGAAAAAGAGACAAAACAUCUAAUAAUUUAUCAUUUUUAUUUCAUAUUUGAAUAUAAAUCUCUGUCAAAUGAAAAUACCUAAAUGAUAGACAAAUCAUACAUAUUUACAGAAUUUAUAAAAGGAAACAAAAUCA